GUCGCAGGGUGGUGGGGGUUGAGAAACCAGUGCGGCUUCUCCUCUAUGGUCGCGGACUUUGGGGACCGUCGGCUCUGCAGUUGGUCUUAGGUUACUUCCGGAAGUGUACCUGCUAUCUACCAGCUCCUGCGCUUCUGCGGGAAUCCGGGCUGGGGGCGAUGUCCGGGUUGGCCCCAGGAAGCGUGGGAUGACUUGAUGUCCUGCAGUGGUUUCUUUGACGUUUGCUUGCUGUGGAUUCCAAAUUUUGCUAAGAGAUGGAAGAGUCUCAGCAAGAUGACCCGGCCCCUGGGGACCUGGAGAAGGACGAGCCUCUCCGAAGCACCGGCCCCCAGAUUUCUGUUAGUGAAUUUUCUUGUCACUGCUGUUACGACAUCCUGGUUAACCCCACCACGUUGAACUGUGGACACAGCUUCUGCCGCCACUGCCUAGCCUUGUGGUGGGUGUCUUCAAAGAAAACCGAGUGUCCGGAAUGCAGAGAAAAAUGGGAAGGCUUCCCCAAAGUCAACAUCCUCCUGAGAGAUGCUAUUGAAAAGUUAUUUCCCGAUGCCAUUAGAAUGAGAUCAGAAGACAUUCAGCAGAAUUCCGACAUAGCCCAAAGCCUCAGAGCCUUUCAGAAAUAUGGAAAUGAUCAGAUUCCUUUAGUUCCCAGCACAGGCCGUGGCCAUCAGCAGAGAGGAGGGGGCUUCUUUUCCGGAGUGCUCACGGCUCUCACUGGUGUGGCAGUGGUCCUGCUUGUGUAUCACUGGAGCAGCAGGGAAUCCGAGCACGACCUCCUGGUCCACAAGGCUGUGGCCAAAUGGACAGCGGAAGAAGUCAUCCUCUGGCUGGAGCAGCUGGGCCCCUGGGCCUCUCUCUACAGGGACAGGUUUCUGUCGGAAAGAGUCAAUGGAAGAUUGCUUUUAACCUUGACAGAGGAGGAAUUUUCCCGGGCGCCGUACACCAUAGAAAACAGCAGCCACCGAAGAGCCAUCCUCCUGGAGCUGGAGCGUGUCAAAGCCCUGGGCGUGAAGCCCCCCCAGAACCUCUGGGAAUACAAGGCCGUGAACCCGGGCAGGUCCCUGUUCCUGCUCUACGCCCUCAAGAGCUCCCCCAGGCUCAGUCUGCUCUACCUGUACCUGUUCGACUACACAGACAGCUUCCUCCCCUUCAUCCACACCAUCUGCCCCCUGCAAGAAGAUGGCCCCGGCGAAGACAUCAUCACCAAGUUCCUGGAUCUGAGAGACCCCACGUGGAAGCAGUGGCGAGAAUUCCUCGUCAAAUACUCCUUCCUUCCGUACCAGCUGAUCGCCGAGUUUGCCUGGGACUGGCUGGAGGUGCACUACUGGACGUCACGGUUUCUCAUCGUCAACGCCAUGCUCCUCUCGGUGCUGGAACUGUUUUCCUUUUGGAGGAUCUGGUCACGAAGUGAGCUGAAGACGGUCCCUCAGAGGAUGUGGAGCCAUUUUUGGAAAGUGUCCACUCAGGGACUUUUUGUGGCCAUGUUCUGGCCCCUCAUCCCUCAGUUUGUGUGCAACUGUCUGUUCUACUGGGCCCUGUACUUCAACCCGAUUAUUAACAUUGACCUCGUGGUCAAGGAGGUCCGCCGGCUAGAAACCCAAGUGCUGUGACCAGCGCUGCCCGGGCCCUGCGGGACGCAGCAGGGGUCACUGCUAGCCCAGCAGAUGCUGGGGGCGGGGGAGGAGGAAGACGACAGAACUGCCAUCUCUGUCCUCAGAAGGCAAGGUGCUGCUUUGGGUGUCAGCCUCCUCCCAUGGGCCACGUCCCUCACUGCAGGUGCUUAGGAAGCUCAGCCCUCAUUGGCUGGCAGGCCCCGGGGUCCUCGGAAAAUGGGGUGCAGGUGCUGUCAGGAGGACCCCACACUGACAAUCCCCCUCGCCACGACCUUGGUGACUGACAGACUCCUGGCACUCCAGUUCAGGCUUGUGGGGGCCGAGCCCGUGCUGUAAGUCCUUUUUAGGAAAACAGGCAUAGGCACAGACCAACACACGUGAAAAAGACAAUUGAAAAUGCAAUCAGUGAUGGAGUCUUAGAGUCUCCAGGCUUCAGAAUAAAAACCUGCAGAAACAUCCAGUUUGAGACUAGUGUGGUGGUCAGGCUUGCAGUUGGUCUCCCCUUGUGUAUGGUCACUGAAAGUUUGGGUCCCUCUUGGGCAGUUCCCGGAGAGCACCUCCCAUCAGCCCAGGCUGCACAUCCGUGGCCUAAAAUCAUUGUUUCCAACUUGGUGGUUUUGCUUAAGAAUGUGUAAAAAAUCAAUUACAGGCUCACCCUUUUGUUCAAGGAAGAGUUUUUGUAAGUGGACCUCACACUGUAUAAUGUAUAAUUCUUCCUGUCGUGUCCUGGUGUGUAAAAAGCAGCACGUGUCAUUUUAGCAGGUGCAGCGAUUGUAGAUACGGAAUGAGCUGACUGAUGGCCUGUUCCUUCCAGUGUGAAAUGUGAUUGCUCUGAAGACUGGCCUCCCAGAGAUAAGCCUGUGUCCAAAAUUUUCUUUGUGACUCUAUUCAUUAACCCCUCAUGUUUAUGAAGAUUUUACUCAGACUCUGCAUCUGGAAGUUUGAAAAAAUGACUUGAAAUUUAAGAAAUAAAGAUUUUUAUACAGAUAAAA